AUGUUGACGAGAAGAGCUGCUGCUGCUUUACGGGCACAGACACACCUGCCAUCCCCGACCUCGUCACCUAGCUCCGCUCCGCCACCGUCGGUACCAGUCCCAGAUGAAGAGGUGCCACUGACGGAUGCUGGCGCGUCGAGUUCGAGUGACGAGUACUUCUCACCGCCAACGACGCCACCACCUUCACGCCGUCGCCGGGGAGGUCGUCGGCCAUCGAGUCGCUUAGGACCACGAAGCCCAUUGGCUUCGGGAGGGGUCCCAGCGCCCGGUGGUAAUGUGUCGCGCAUGAAAUGGACACGAUCCAUAAAUGAAAAUGUCAUGCGCGCAUAUUUUGGGGCAACAGUGGGAGGAAGUAACCUGACAGCGUACCGUGUCAGAUUGCUUGCUAUGUUUCAGGUGCUCGAACCAACCAUCAACGUAUCGGCGCAACGACUGUCGGAUCAGGUACGGGUCAUUCAGCGUAAUCGUAUGUUGGAUGAUAUCGUGCUUGAUCGACUGCGAAGUGAAGUACUUAGGAGCCGUGUCAUCAUACCGCUAUCGCAAAAUGUACAACAAGGACAAGUGGAUGUUGAUUCUGUUGAUACGCCGAAUGAUGACAGGACUACGGAAGUAAGUACUCACAAAUGCAGUGAAGAAUUGAGGAGAGCUUUGGAGGAUGCAAUUCAGGAAUACCGGUUCGUAUCACCCUCUCUUAGACCACACUUACCUCGUUUACCCAUGCAUAAAAAGAAUAGGGCGCUUAUGUGUGCUUUAGAUGCGGAGUUAUCAAAUUAUUUUGAUACCAGCGAAGAUCUUCUCGAUACUCAUUCAAUUCUGUACUGUGGAGCAAUAGCAGCAUGCCGUGUGGCACAUGUCAAACUAAUCAAAAAAGACAAUAAUGUCACGCGGCAGAAACUAGCUGUACCAGCUUGGCAGUGCAGGAUUGAACGACGUAUCGAUGAAGCUAGAACACUCAUUGCCAAAUUGGUCUGUUUCAGGGAGGGCAACACGCGCCCAAGAGUUAUGCGCUUCGUGAGGCGGGCGUUCUCGGGAACUGAUAUUAGGCCCCAGGAUUACGUUUCACACAUUACGGAGCGUGUUGACUUCCUGAAACAGAAGAUUUAUGCAUGGGCGAACCGUAUUAGACGGUAUAAGAAGAGAGUGAAACGAUACACCCAGAAUCGCACAUUCCAAAGGGAUCAAAGGUGGGUGUAUAGAACUUGGGAGCAAAAAGAACAGACUAGGACUGAUGCGUGCUUACCAAAUGUUGAUGCUAUGAAUUCGUUCUGGCGCAGCAUUUGGUCGGCACCUGUUAGUCACAUCGAAGGGGAUUGGAUUGAGGAGGUCGAGGGAAAAUGCGAACUGAUACCAGAAAUGGAACCAAUUUUUAUUACAUCAGAAGAUGUGUCCAAAGCAGCCAAUCCGUUGGCCAAUUGGAAAGCUCCAGGCCCGGAUGGGCUGCAUAAUUUUUGGAUAAGAUGGUUUAUCAGUUCGCAUAGUUGCUUGGCAUCUCAAUUCCAGUCAGCUUUGGAGUCUGGAUCUUUGCCCCAAUUCUUUACGACAGGGUUAACCCACCUGCUCCAUAAAUCUGGAAGUACCACGGAACCCAAAAACUAUCGGCCGAUUACGUGCCUACCCACUAUUUACAAACUUCUUACAUCCAUUUUGAGAGCAAAGCUUAAUAAACAUAUUGAAGACAAUAAUAUCAUGUCUGCCUCUCAAAAUGGAUGUAGGAAUGGAUCCCGUGGUACUAAGGAGCUGCUCCUCAUUGACAUGUCCAUUUGCCAACAGGUCCGUAGAUCUCACAAGAAUUUGUCCACAUGCUGGAUAGAUUAUAAGAAGGCCUAUGACUCCGUGCCACAUACAUGGCUCAUGAGGGUGCUGGAGCUAUACAAAGUUGAUACAGCUCUACGUACCUUCCUGUUGUCAUGUAUGAGACAAUGGAGAACGGUUCUUCGCUAUCCAGGAUGUGGACAGAUCUGUGGAAACGAUGAACCCAUUAGGAUUGAGCGGGGUAUAUUUCAGGGUGAUAGUUUGAGUCCAUUAUGGUUUUGCUUAGCCCUGAAUCCUCUAAGCACUUUGUUGGAGGGCUCGGGGUUAGGAUAUAGGUUGAGAAGAGGGGGACAAAUUAUAUCCCACCUACUUUACAUGGAUGACUUAAAGCUAUUUGCUCCAAACAACUUGCAUCUAAUGAGGUUACUGAAUGUCACUGAAACGUUCAGUAAUGCCAUUAGGAUGGAAUUUGGUGUGGACAAAUGUGCAGUUCUGCAUGUAAAGAGGGGGGAAAUUGUGGAAUCAGAUGGGACACAGAACUCUGAUUCUACAAGCUUCAGACCCCUUUCCUCAACCGAAACCUAUAAGUACCUGGGUAUGUCAGAAGCGUUAGGCAUCGAUGUGACUGUCAUGAAGCAAUCGUUACGGGAGCGUUUCUUUGGCCGCCUGAAAAAAGUACUUAAUAGUCUUUUAUCAGGCGGCAACAAGGUGCGCGCCUACAACGGUUGGGUCAUGCCAGUACUCAUGUACUCUUUUGGCAUACUCAAGUGGACUCAAACGGAACUGGACACCCUGGAUAGAAAAGUUCGUUCAUUGCUGACUGAACAUCGAAUGCAUCACCCACGAUCGUCGAUAAUGAGACUGUACAUUCCGCGUAAAUGUGGGGGGCGAGGCUUUUUAAAUGCAAAAACCCUCCACAAUAGUGAAGUGUGCAGUCUCCGAAAGUAUUUUUUGAAAAUGGACGUGGGGAUGCAUAGAGAUGUUGUCGCUGUGGACAAAGGGCUUACUCCGCUCUCCUUGGCUAACGAGAACUGGAGAGAACCUAUAAUACUAAGCACUAAUGAUCGCAGGAAUGUGUGGCAAAGUCCUUCAGAGAACUGCGAGCCUGUACCUAUUAAGAAUGCUUAA